GGUGAUGCAGCCGCAGCCACUACUCUCUCUGUUUUCUCUCCGUGUAGAUAAAUCGCUGGUUCUCAACCCGGAUGCUGUUCUACAACUAUUGAUAAUCUGACCAGUGCGCAGAGCAGGGGCUGCACAUAUUUCAGUACCCUUGGAGAGGACAGCUCUCCCCGGAUCCCUGAGCUUCGGACCGGUGGGGUCUGUAUCCGCUCCUGGGGGGUCAGAGGGGGGGGUGUGUGUACUGGAAAUCAGCCCGCAGAUAGCGCAGGGUGUAGCCGCAGCAUCACAAGCCGAACCGCUCUCUCUUCCUUCUAGAUCGUGACCGCUCACACGCCGCUCCAGAAGGAGGAAGGAGCAGGAAAAAGGGGGAGCAUCAGCGCGCACAGAGAUGGCGGAGUGCGGCCGGAAGGCGCUGUCCCUCCUGGAGGCGGCCCGCUCCCGGUACGAGAGCCUGCAGAUAUCCGACGACGUGUUCGGUGAGUCCGGGGAUGACAGCAGCGACAACCCCUUCUACAGCACCUCCGGGGACUCCGACUCCGACAACUACAUAGCCGAGGUAGGCGAGGAGGAGCACCACCACCAUCACCACCACCACCACCAGAAGAGGGGCGACAAGGAGAGCGGGCACAGCGGGGGAGCAGGAGGCGGAGGCGGCGGAGGAGGAGGAGGCAGUAGUGGGGCCGGUCCCCCUGGGUCUCUGUCCCGGAGUCAGGCGGAGGAGGAGGGCUGGAUGGAGACGCUGCAGGAUGUCACAGUGCCGCCGUACCAGGAGACAUAUGGCCCUGCACAGAAAAUGCCGGCCACAGCCACAGCUCUGGACUUCUUCCAGCUCUUCGUUCCAGACAACUGCAUCCAAAAUAUGGUCACGCAGACCAACAUGUACGCCAAGAAGUUCCAGGAGCGGUUCGGCUCCGAUGAAGGCUGGCGUCCCGUCACAGCCCAAGAGAUGAAGGCGUUCCUGGGCUUCGUCACUUCCACCAGUGUGCACAGAUGCGAGUCAGUGCUCAGCAUCUGGAGCUCGGGUUUCUUCAGCAACCGGAGCAUCGCCUUGAAGAUGAGCCAGGCACGCUUCGAGAAGAUCCUCAAGUAUUUCCACAUCGUGGCUUUCCGGCCAUCGCAGGGGAGCAACCAGGGCCUGUACAAGAUUCAGCCCUUCCUGGACUCGCUGCAGCAGUCAUUCAGCUGUACCUUCAGACCUUCACAGACGCAGGUUCUUCACGAGCCAUUGAUAGACGAGGACCCGGUGUUCAUCACUACCUGCACAGAAAGAGAGCUGAGGAAAAGAAAGAAGAGGAAGUUCAGCCUCUGGGUUCGACAGUGCACCUCCACUGGAUUCAUCUGCCAGAUCUAUGUGCAUCUGAAGGAGGGCCAGGGGACAGACGGUCUGGCCACCCUGAAGAAUAAGCCUCAGCUCCACAGCUUGGUGGCAAAGCAGCUUUGCCAAAACAUCUCCGGGAAGAACACCAUCAUCUUCACCGGGCCGUCCAUCACUAAUCUCAGCCUCUUCACUGAAUUCAGCAAACAAGAUAUCUACUGCUGUGGUCUGCUGAGCACCAGGAAGAGUGACUGUACUGGCCUGCCCCAGUGCAUGCUGGUCUGUGGCUCCACGCCAGCGCAGCGGGGCCAAUCGCGAGUUAUGAUGCAAGGCAGCAUGUCGCUGAUCAGCUGGUACAACAAGGGACACUUCAGGUUCCUGACUAACGCCUACUCCCCGACAAAACAAGGUAUGAUCAUUAAGAGGAAAAGCGGCGAGAUCCCAUGUCCACUGGCUGUUGAGGCGUUUGCCGCACACCUCAGCUACAUCUGCAAAUACGAUGACAAGUACAGCAAAUACUUCAUCUUCCAUAAGCCUAAUAAGACCUGGCAGCAGGUGUUCUGGCUGAGCAUCAGCAUCGCUAUCAACAAUGCGUACAUCCUCUACAAGAUGUCCGACGCCUACGCUGUCAAACGCUACAGCCGGGCGCAGUUCGGAGAGAGACUGGUCAGAGAGCUGCUGGAUCUAGACGACUGCUCCCCCACCCAGUGAGGAAGAGGAGAAGGAGGAAGAUGAGGAGAAGGAGAAGGAGAAGGAGGAGGACAGCAGGAGGACAUGACACAAUCCCAACACACACGUUAAAUUCUUCAUUACUGAUGUGCAGACGCCGAAGUCUGUGUGAUAAUACUGAAACAGUGCCAAGCUGGUUUGACAAAAAUGGAGCAUAGAGGGUCUCUCUUCAUUUCUCUCUCUCCCUCUCUCUCUCUCUCUGUCCAUGUCUCCUACCCUCUUGUUGUUUUGUGGUACUGUAAAUAUCACUAACACAUGACUGCACACAACACAAUGGAGAACCAUGAGCCAUGGGACAGUUCACAUGCCACUAGAGCAACUUUUAACCACGUAGAUUUACUAAGGAUUUGUCAUCAGGGGGGAUUUCAUAAGCAGAGAAGCAGGAGGCCUGAGAAAAAAAAAUUAAGCCACUUUGAAACACUGAAGAAUUCACACCUUAAUGAUGUCAACUUCCAAGUGUUAACUCUGAUGACAUUAUACUAUCAGGCAAAAAGACUACAUGUAGCUUUAUAUUUACACUCCGCAAAAACACCUGUGACCCUCUAAACAAAAGCUACUAAGGUGUGUUCACAUGCUGCAUGCAUAAAGCAUCUGGAUCGUGAUGUUCUCUUGUUCGAUGUGAAAAUGAUUUCUGCUCCAGGUGGGUUUUAACUCUUGGUUUGUGCGUGUGUGUGUGUGUGUACUUAACAAGUGGAACUGCCAUAUUGUGUGUAAUGUUGAGGCGGAGGAUGUAAAUGUACAGCUCUUGUGACCUAGAUGUGUGGUGAUGUUGUGUUGCUGCAUCUUCGCUGGAGGAAGACUGUCAUGUGACUUCAAGCCACACGCAGCAGUGUGUCGCUAGCUCCGUACUUCCCGCCUCUAAGCAGAUAUUACAUGGAUACACAGGAGUUGAGCAGCGGCCACUUUUAACCAAAACAGCUUCCAAAAAAAAAAAAAAAAAACCAUCACAUCAGCAUUAAUUGGAAGAUAAACUCUCUGCAUUCACCUGUUUCAUUACUUAUGCACUUCACUGUACUUUGGCUUUGCGGGGCCAAAUUCCCCUUGAUUGCUUGCUCAGUCAGACAGUGUUGCUAGGCAACCAUCAUCAUCUUGGCCAAUGGACAGGGGUUUGGAUAAUAUUGCUUGGCAGGAUUCAGGUCCAGGAAGCAAAAUGUGAAUCAGUGGUGGCUUAUAGAUGUCCCAGAAAACCAAAUGUUGCAACUAAUCUAAAUGGAGAUACAAGGUCUGGGAGGCAGCCUGAGAGAUGUGCAAUAAUUUCUUUUCUCAUGUGACCAUUUUCUAAUUGCCAUCCAAUUUUGGUUACCAAACAAAACAAAUAGCUUUAGUUGAGGAAAAAAUGUAGUUUUUUGAGAGAACUGUUUUUCCUGCCAAGUAACUUAUGUAAACUUACUGUGUCUUGUCAAGCCAAAGGAAGUUUGAAUAGAGAGGUGAGCAUUUAUCGUCAGUUAAAUCCAUCUGAUCUCGUAAACAUGAGGGCGCACCACACUGCUGUUUGUAGCUUUAAUGAGGACUUAGACCCAAUUGAAUUUACUUUGCUUAAUAUUCUAAGCAGCUGACAUUGUAUUGUCAUGUUGGGAUCAUGUUAUUAUGAUGUCAAGUGAAAGAUAUUGAUGUGUGCUUGCAUGGUUUAUUGUGUGGAUCCAUAUCGAGAUAGUCUUUACAGCAGUAGAGCAGAGUUGUGGAGUGAUUUGCUGGCAGGACUCAUGCACUUUUCCCCCCAUCACAGUCUUGCACUUUGUGGAAAAUUUGUAAAGUUAGAGACAUCUUUAUUAGAGAAACCUUUAAGUAGAAUUUCUAAUUCGAUAGAUCACUUUAAGAAAAUAGUGAAAAUAAAAAUAGGUUUGUGCUGUAAAUAUAAAUAAAUAAAUGAAAAGGAUUAUAAGAAAAUAUACCAGUUAAAAUUGAGAAAAAUGAGUGUAACAAAAUAUAAAUGACUUCCACAGUAGAUUUAGAGUACAAGGUAUGUGUGUAUAUAUUUUGUUUACUGAGUGUCUGCAUUCACUGUCUGAGACUCAAGAUUGUGAUUUUUUUAUAUUUUUCACUAAUCCAAAGCGUUGUUGUUGUUGUUGUGUGUGAAUCACUGAAUGUUGUCACCUUGUAUCUAAUCACUGUUCACUUCUGACACCAAUAAUGAAAGAAUGCACCCUUGUCACACAGUGUAGUCGUUAAUAUGUCUUUAUAAUACAAUAUUUUAUACAUUAACAACAAUUUACACACCACUUUAGCUGGAAAUUAAGUGGUUUAUAUAAUUGAUUAUGUACAGUCGUGGUCUGUUGUAAUCAAUUCUAUCUGCAGAGUAUACAUACAAUACAUAUAAAGCAUGUAGUAGAAGAAAAAAAUCCACACUGCUUAGACAUUCAUGGCAAAAAUCUUAACCUUAAGUCCACUAUCGCAGCUUUUUAUGAAGUUCUCAGUUGCAUCUAAAAAUUCUAAUAAUAAUGGAUUGGAUUUCUAUAGCACUUUAAAAGGCACCUAAAGUGCUUUACUUUAGAUAAUAAAAACAAUCAGACAAAACUGAUAAACAAAUGAAAACUUUUUUCAGUGUUUUCCAGCAUUAACAGUACAAAUAAAACUGUAUGAAGAUUGAUUUGUGCUUUUUUUUUUUUUGGUAGUUGAAAAUAUAAACUAACAACCUUUAUUGAUUUUUGCAAAUACACAGUAACGAAAAUAUUUCUGACUUCCAACUGCAGAAAAAAUCCUGAAAAAUGUUAAAAAAAGGCCUAAAGAUAUCCAUUUAUAGGGCAUUUAAAACAGCUAUAAUAAUACACAAUGCAUUUAACUGGAAUAUAUGUGGAUUACACGUUUCCAAAUCAAUUCUAAAUGCAUUAAUUGUUAAAAUAUGUUAAAGUAAUAGCACUGGAAUGAAUGAAAUCAGUGACUUCCAUUACAUUUCACCAUUCAGUAGAAGUGCAAGGAGAUAUGCGUCACAUAAAAAGCAGAGAAACUGAUUUUUUCCAUCCUGCCUAACCUUAGUAAAGGUUAACACGAGAACGCCACAAGGCGUGUUGCAGUUUGAGUCAGGAGUGUGGAUGCAGGAUGCAAUCAUCACUAAGUGAACUGGAAAUAGACUGGGCCAGUUGAGGGAAAGUGAAUAUAUCCGAAAAUUUAAAAAAAAAAAUAAAAUCCAGCAGCUCAAAGCCAAAUAACCCCUCAACUGCAUCACAAAUCGAUGACAUGUAAACAACCGUGUUAGGAGUAUUCUAGUGUGAAUUUGUCCUUCAAAGAGUAUGUCAAGCAUGCAUAAUAUGGACCCCGGCGAUGGCUGCAUUUGUGAAUUUUAAUCCGUGAUGGACUGGAGCAGGUGUAGCACUCACACUUUUUUGAUUGGACGUGUGUUCCAUCCGCAGAGGUUUUUGUAAUGCUUAUAGCUCACCGCUCAGACCACAGAUGAGUUGAAAUUAUGCACUGGGGAAUCUGCGGGGCCACGGUUACUUGGCAACAAAUUAUAUGUGAAAGGCUGAAGGAGGGAAAGAGGGAGGAGUAUUUUAGAUUAUUUGAAGUUUUUGUGUCCUUAUGGUAAUGUCGUUAUCACCACAGUUGCAGACUGAGAGCUGUGUGACAUUUUUUAUCAACUAUCAGAAAAAAAAAAAAACAUUGAGCAUCUUCCUCUGUGAUGCAUUUACUAAUUUUUUGACCAUUAUAGAUCAAAAACAGUCAAAUUUUCAGGUUGAUCUGAUAAGAAAAUACAGUUUUUCUCUUCAGCCUACUGCACUGAUCAGCCAUGAAUCAAAUAUUUCUAGAGUGCCUUUUCUUCUUUUUUCCCAAUCGCAGUAGUAGCAACACCUUUCAUCCUUAAAUGAAAAAACACUCAUUUGAUUUAAAGUGUAAGUCAGAGGAAGAAAAAAAAGAAAA